GGUGUAUUGUUGCAACGAACUUUUCAAAUCGCUCUCGAAACGCGUGGGGGAAAGGUCGUUAAAAAAGCCGGCAAACUCGCAGCAUCUUUGUUUUGCUUGAACGCGUCCGUCAAUUCGCGUGUGUAUGUUUUCAUUUAAACGUAUUCCGUGUUUAGCGUGACAUGUCCCUUUAAUUCGCAUCGCUGAACGCAAAAAUCAUGAAAAUAACGGAGAUUCAACAAGUGGGACCUCACGAGGCUCACGAUACAAGAAUGAGCAAUGGCAGAAAAACAGCUCAAGAAAUGGAUGAAACGAGACAAAAUGAUUCAGCUUAUAUGUAUUUGUGUAAUUUGGAAGCUGCCAAAAAGUGGAUGGAAACAUGCUUAAGAGAAAAACUUCCACCUACAACAGAAUUGGAAGAAAAUUUACGAAAUGGCGUUUACUUGGCUAAGCUUGGAAACUUUAUGGCACCAGAGAUCUUACCAUUUCAUAAGAUAUAUGAUCCUGAUCAGCGAAGAUAUUCAGUAGCUGGUUUACAGUUUCGUCAUACAGAUAAUAUUAUUAAUUUUCUUAAAUGUUUGAAAUCAAUGCAAUUACCCUUGUUGUUUCAACCAGAAACUACGGAUAUUUACGACAAAAAAAAUAUGCCUCGAUUGGUAUACUGUAUUCAUGCUUUGAGCACCCAUUUAUUCAAGUUGGGAAAAGCACCUUUAAUCCAAGACUUGUAUGGAAAAGUGAAAUUCACAAAUGAACAAAUAGAUGCCAUGGAACGAGAAUUAAUAAACAAGGGUAUUCAAAUGCCAGCUUUUCAGAAAAUUGGAGGUUUACUAACAAAUAGUAAUGAAGGUGAUACAGCUGCUUUACAUCAAGCAGUUUCUGAUAUUAACAAAGCAAUAACAUUAAAGAACCAAGAAACAUUGCUGAAUACAUUAGAGAAACCUAAUGCUCAAAUCCAAUUUUUGAAACCUGAAUAUUCAGAAUUGUAUUUAUGUUCAUUAUAUGAUGCAAAAAUAUCAAAGGAAGAAUCUGCUAUGAACAGGUCUUUGAAUGAUAGUUAUGUACCUGAUGAAAAUGAUAAAAUAUUGACUCAUGCAGAAAUACAGGGACAUAUCACCUUUGUUAAUAUUCAGUCUGCCUUGCAACAUCUAACUGAUCAAAUGAAUCAAACGAAUCCAGAGAUCAUACCAAUUUUAUCUGAUCCUAGCUUGCAAUUGAAAAAUGUAAAUUCAAAAAAUUAUAAAUUCUACAAAUCAGAAUUAAAAUUAUUAAUAGCAUCUAAUGAGUGGGAAGAACGUAUUACAGAAAGUUGUAAUUAUUGGCAAACUAAAUUACAAAAAUCGAUCGAUAAUGCAAAUGGAAAAGCUCAAAAAAUGUCUUUACGUAAAAAAGCGAUUGAUAAUUUAAAUUGUAAUUUAUUGAGUUGCAAUGAAAAUGAUUUUUACAAUACAUUGAUGGAUCCAAAUUUAGGAAUUGAUCAUCUUGUUGAUGAUUUUGCUGUUCCGCUUUAUUUUGAAGAAAUGAAAAUUGACCGUAUUGAAACUGAGGCAAACUUAACUUACGAAGAUAUUGUGGCUUGUUUAAAUGUACUAACAGCUAUUGGUAACGUAAAUAAAGCAGUGGAUAUGAAUAAUCCUAAUAUGGUAUAUGAUGCUUUAAGACAUCCUGACACUCAUAUACAGAAUUUAGAAGUUGAACACAAAGUCAAGUAUACUCAGGCACUUCGGGCCGUUCGUGAAGAAAAGCGUCUAGUUGAAAAUGUUUGUCCCUUGCUAACGUAUAUUGAUAUUCAAGAUUGUAUUGAUUCGGUAAAUGAACAAUGCCUCGAAGACACAAAAAUCAUAACAAAAUUAGAACUAUUAACUCAAAUUGUUAAAAGAAAUCAAAAGGACAAGAUGUUUUCUAUUUUGGAACAAAUUGGAAAAAUUAUUAAUGCAUCCUUUGAAAAAAAAAAUGUAAUGUUGUACAUGAUUCUUUUGAAAAAAAAUCUGGUUCAAAAACACGCUGAUGGCUCCGGACUUUGGUUAGAAGAUAUACAGGAAAUGAUUGAAUCUGCAAAGAUGGAACAUGACCACGUAGAAUCAGUUGCCAGUUUCAUGUAUGAUAUAAAUGAAGGUUUAAAGCGGAAAGAUGUAUUGUUAGUAACCGAAAAUAUAGAGAUGUUUUUUAAAAAAAUUGACAAAACGAAUCAAGUAAAAGCGUACGAAAAAUUGCUGGAACUGAAAAAGUAUAAGGAGGAAAAAUAUAGUUGUCCAAUCAUAGAAUAUAUGACACCAUUAAAUAAUAUUGUUUAUCUGAAUCCAAUAACCGCAGGCUUCGAGUGGGAAAAGCCAAAAAAUAUUGGAGAACCCUCUACUAUUACGUUAGAUGAUGUACGAGAAGCCGUUAUGAAUAUUCGGAUUGCGGAUACAAAAGUACAUUUCGAUCGAUCACUCAUCAAUUUUCAAGCUCACGCAAGAGGUUGCUUAACACGCAGAAAAUUAUUGAGAAAAAUAAAAGCGAUUAUAUCGAUUCAAAUUUGGUGGCGUAAAGUCUUAAAAACUCGUACUUUUACCAAAACGUUACACGAAGAUACUACAAGAGAUUAUUCAUCUGGUAUAGGUAGUAAAUCAUCAGACAGUUUGAGUUAUUAUAGAAGUCACGAGGACGAUAUUAUUAAAAUCCAAGCACUUUGGCGCGGUCGUUUAGCGCGCAGAAACUUUCAUUCUCUGCUGCGAAUGGAUAAUCCGCCGUAUUAUGUAGUAAGAAGUUUUGCAUGCAAAUUAGAGUUCAGUUCAAAAGACUACGACAAGGACUUGUUAUUAGAGCAAUUGAAGGCUGACGUUGUACAAUCGAUUAAACACAAUCAAAAUCUUGCAAAACAACUAAAUGAUAUGGAUUUGAAAAUAGGACUUUUGAUUCAAAACCGUAUUACUCUUCAGGACGUAGUUAGACAUGGUAAAGAUCUAGAAAACUUGACUCUGACGAAAGGUUUUGAAAAAAAAGAUUACCACAGCAAUAAAUACUCGUUUGAAAAUGAAAUUUACAGUACUCAAAAAGGUUUGAAAUCGUUAACGAAAGAGGGCCGUCAAAUGCUUGAAGGCUAUCAGCAUUUAUUUUAUGAACUUCAAACGAACCCUAACUAUCUGUCAAAAUUGUUGAUUCUUUUGCCGCAAAAUAAAUCACAUAAAUUCAUUCACAACGUUAUUCUGCAACUUUUUAAUUUUGGUUGUAACUCGCGUGAAGAAUAUCUACUUCUCAAGCUUUUGGGUAAUGCUCUGAGAGAGGAGAUACGAUCGAAGUACACUAAACCCUCAGAGGUUGUAACAGCAAGUCCUUUAGUAUUAAAAGUCGCCAUCGAUUACGCAAGAAAACUCGGCCAGCGCGCUUUACGUGAUAUUAUUGGACCCACUAUUCAGAAAAUGAUUGAUAAUACAAAUUUAAUUAUUGAAUCGAACCCGACUGAUAUUUUCAAAUCUUGGAGAAAUACUCUAGAAAUGGAGUCCGGAAAAUCAGCAGACUUGCCAUUGAGAGUUACUGAACACGAAGCGUUGAGAUUCAAAGUAGUGCGAGAACGAUUGAAAAAAGGCAUUGAAGUCUUGAGAGAAAUAACUGAUGAAUUACUAACUUGCAUAAUUGCCUCAAGAGACUCGAUACCUUAUGGUGUAUGUUAUAUGGCCAAAAUACUUAAUGAAACUCUUCAGGAAAAGUUUCCUCACGUUGCGCACAAAGAAAUUAUCAAAAUAGUCGGAAACUUGAUAUACUUUCAGUUCCUUAAUCCAGCAAUAGUAACACCCGACGCUUUCGAUAUUAUUGCAUUACCGAUUAACAAGUCGCUCUCAAAUGAACAAAGAAGAAAUUUAGCCACCGUUGCUAAAAUUCUACACUUCGCUGCAUCAAAAAAAGGGUUUGCCGAGGAGCAUUUGCUACGUAUAAAUCCAUUUAUUAUUGAUUGUCACAUAAAAUUUAAAAAGUUCUUCAUGGACUGUUGCGACAUUGAGGAUCUUGACGAACAUUUCAAUAUGUCAGAAUACAGUGAAGAAACUCUUAUACAAAAACCGGUCAUCACAAUCUCCGUGCAGGAAAUGAUAGAUACUCACACUUUACUUGUCGAGCAUCAAGACUUGAUAGCACCAGAUCCACAAGACCAGAUGCAUGAAUUGCUUGAUGACAUCGGAGGUGUACCUACCAUACCAAAACUAUUAGGAAAAAGUCAGCCUAAACUCGAUAGUAACUUCUUACACCUGGGAAAAACCGAAAUCACACUCGUUCUGAGCAAAAAAUAUGAAGAACACAGAACGGAUGAAACUUCCAUGAAGAAAAUGUUCAUCACAACUAAAGAGUUACUUGUUUCGGUACUUCCAUAUUUACCUGGCGAUACUUUGAUUGAAGCUUUAGAAGGUGGACUGACUCCAAUACCAAAACGAUCAAGGCAACAGAACAGGCUUGAUUUGAAUACAAAGAGCGAAACUUUGGAACAAUGUAAACGUCAAAUUCGGGCUUCACUCAAAAAAUUGGAGUUGUAUGGAUUGGUAUCACGUGAUAACGGUUAUCAAGCGAUUGUUACGGCUGUAGCCAAAGAUUUGGCUAACAAAAGUCGUUAUCAUAUUUUAAGAGAAAAAGAAUUGAAAACACUUCGCAAUACUAAGCAGCGUCUUGACGAAAAAACAAAAUACUACGAAGAGCAAGUUCAAUUUUAUAGCGAAUAUAUCAAAAAAUGUUUGGAAAAUCUCUCUGCAGGAAAAAAAUCACUGCAUGAUGUCAAAACUGGGAAUAAGAGUGGACUCCGACGCCUUAAAUCUAAAUCAACUUUGAAAUUUACCGCAACUAAAUUGAAAGAAAAAGGAAUAAUUGUGAAAUUUGAUAACUUACCAGAUGGUCAUAUGAAAAAUGUUGUAUUCGAAAUAUCCCCUGCUGAACGAAAUGGAGUAUUCGCAGUUUGCGGAAAAUUCAUGGGAGUAUCCAUGGAAAAAGUUGAAGUAGACGUACAAAAUUUACUCGAGCUUCAAUAUGAAGGUUGCCACAUAAUAACAAUGUUUGGGGAAGUCCAAGUAAAUGUUAAUCUUCUGUUGCAUUUGAUUAAUUGUAAAUUUUACGGUAAAAAGUAAAAUUUUACAAAUUAAGAUAGUAAUUAAAACUUAUAACGCGUCUUCGACUAGCAUCGACAGCAUAAAAAUCUUUCAUAAUUCUCUUCAGUCAAAAAUGAAAGGUAUGAUUUUUAGAAAUACCGUCUUGAGUAUUUUAUGAUUUUGUACAUUUAUUUAUUAUAUUUCAACAAAUUUAGAUCAUAAGAAAUAUUAUAAUGAGCUCAGUGUUAAUCACUUUCUGUAAAUGUUAACAAUUAAAAGUAUGACAAAAAUAUUAAGUCAGUAUUAAAUAUUGUGAAAUGGAAAAAUGCUUAUAAAAGGAAAGAUUAAUUAUUUG